GGAGAGCCAUGGCCAGUUCUAUUUUACAAGUGUCUACUGGAACUUUCCCAAACGUUGAGUCCUGCACUAGUUUAUAGUGGUCCUGCCAAUCAAAAGCUAUAUAUGGUCUCCUAGCAACAACAGUAAACAAAGAAAAUGGCGGAAGACAAGGAAAGCGCAGAGGCCAUAGUAUCGGAGGUCCACAAGAAGAUCCGCGCUGCUUUUGAUGUGUUUGACCACGAGUUCAACAAGACAGUGGAUGUUAGGGAGAUAGGCACUAUCAUCCGCUCCUUAGGCUGCUUCCCUAACGAAGGGGAGCUACAUGACGUCAUAGCAGAGAUUGAGGAGGAGGAGCCGACAGGAUACAUCCGCUUUGAGAAGUUCCUCCCCACCAUGACCAAGGUUCUAAUGGAGCGCAAGUUCCGGCCCAUCCCAGAGGACCUGAUGCUCCAGGCCUUUGAGGUUCUAGAUAAGCAGAAAAAGGGACAUUUGGAACUGGAGGAGCUCACAAAGUACAUGACACAGGAAGGAGAGCCCUUCACCCAGGAAGAGAUGGAGGAGAUGUUGUCAGCUGCAAUGGACCCUGACAAGAACCUCAUCUUCUACAAAGACUUUGUUAGCAUGAUGUCCGUGGAUGACCCCAGAUAGACUCUCAAUCACACACACACACACACACACACACACACACACACACACACACACACACACACACACACACACACACACACACACACACACACACACAUAGACAUUCCUGCUGGAAGUAAUGACAAAUGUAACGUUGUCUUGCAUAAUUGUUAUAUUAUUAUAGUCUAAUACAGAAUAUAAUGUGGUAUUGUUAAUGUUUGCAGUGUCAUUUUUGGGCUUAUUGCCAAAUAUUGUACAUCUCCCACUGUUGUGCUAGAGGCCUGGCCAACUCCAGUCUUCAGGGGCCUAAUUGGUGUCACACUUUUGCCCCAGCACUAGCUGACACACCUGACUCCAAUAAUCGACUAAUCAUGAUCUUCAGAUAAAAAUGCAAUUAGUUUAAAUCAGGUGUGUUUGCUAGGGAUAGGGAGAAGUGUGACACCAAUCAGGCCCCAGAAGACUGGAAUUACCCAGGCCUGUAACUAGACCUGCAUGGCCAGGCCUGUAACGAGACCUGCAUGGCCAGGCCUGUAACUAGACCUGCAUGGCCAGCCAUGUAACUAGACCUGCAUGGCCAGGCCUGUAACUAGACCUGCAUGGCCAGGCCUGUAACUAGACCAUGCAUGGGUUUAUUGCCAAAUAUUCUCCCUCUGUUGUGCUAUGCCAUGCAGUGAAACCAGAUGGCGCUGUGUAUCCAUAAACAACAUGCAACACCA